AUCGUCCCUCGGAAGGUCACUUUGGAAGCGAGCCCUGUGAACGAUGACGGAUAAGAACGCGAUUUUGGCGCUGCUGCAGCGUCCUCUGGAGCCCACUUUCUUGCCCAAGGACGAUGGCAAGACGGUGCUGAUUCUUCCGGAGGAGUACAUGCCGGAUCGGUACAAACCAUUAACGAACGACAUCCAGACCCGAUUCAGCGAUGGCGCGGAAGUUGAGAUUCCGGUGAAAAAUGUCGGCACUCCGAGUCUCGCUUUUGCCGAAGUGAUCGAUAAAAAUGGAGCCUUUUCGCUGUUCGUGGAAAAGCAUCGGGACAUUGCCGGGCAGUUGAUUAGUCUGUUCUUGGCCCAAAAGGAUGUAACGUCGCUGAUGGGAGUGGCGUCGUAUGCCAGGGGCCGCUUGAAUCCCUAUUUGUUCCAGUAUGCACUGACGGUCGCCAUUCAGCAUCGGCCGGAUACCAAAGAUUUACCGGUUCCGGCUGCAAUCAGUUUGUUUCCGGAUCAAUUCGUCGAUCCGUCGGUGUUUCCGAGGUUGCGUGAAGAGGGGAACGUUGUGGAGCAAUCAGAACGGACAACGAUCGACAUUAAACCAAACUAUACGGCAUCGGAUCGGGAACCGGAACAACGGAUGGCUUACUUCCGGGAAGAUAUCGGCGUAAAUAUGCACCAUUGGCAUUGGCAUCUGGUGUAUCCAGGAGGCGGCCCAGUCGAGGUGGUCCGAAAGGAUCGCCGCGGUGAGCUGUUCUACUACAUGCACAGCCAGGUCAUUGCCCGCUACAAUGUCGAUCGAUUCUCGAACAAGUUGGGCCGGGCUCCUUCGCUCACCAACUUCCGGGAACCCAUCAAGGAGGCAUACUUCCCGAAGAUGGUCCGUAGCUCCAACAAUCGAGCCUAUCCGGCACGUGCCGUCGAUUCGCUGAUGCGGGACGUCAACCGAGUCGAUAAUGACACGACGGUGUCGAUCAAUGAUUUGACGCGUUGGGUCGACCGAAUUCAUGAAGCCAUCGAUAGGAAAUCGAUCGUUGAUUCUUCCGGCCGUACGAUUCCACUGGACGAUAUCAAGGGUAUCGAUAUUCUGGGAGAUUUGGUUGAAGCAUCUACCUUAACGCCGAACAGAGCCCUGUACGGUAGUGUGCACAAUCUUGGCCAUGAUGCGCUCGCAUACAUCCACGAUCCUGAGUACAGAUACCUGGAGGACUUCGGAGUGAUGGGCGACGUUACAACUGCCAUGCGGGAUCCCGUGUUCUAUCGACUGCACGGAAUGAUCGAUGACAUCUUCCGCAAGUUCCUGGAGACGCUCAGCCCUUAUACUUCGGCUCAGCUGGGAUACCCCGGAGUCAAGGUCGAUAGCGUUGGCCUAAAGGUCACAAGAGCCAAUGCUCCGCCAAACGUUUUAGUCACUUUCUGGCAGAAAUCCUCGGUUGAUCUUGCCGCUGGGCUCGAUUUCGGCCCCAAGGGCAACGUAUUUGCCAGCUUCACCCAUCUACAGCACGCUCCGUUCACUUACGAAAUAAAGGUUACGAACUCUACAAAUGCGGUGAAACGAGGCACAGUUCGAAUUUUCAUCGCUCCCAAGAGAGACGAUCGAGGUGUUAUGUUGGCGUUCCGUGAACAGCGAGCCUAUUUCAUCGAAAUGGACAAAUUCAGAGUCAACCUGAGACCCGGUUCCAACGUCAUCAACCGUCGCUCUGAUGAGUCUAGCGUGACGAUCCCGUAUGAUCGGACCUUCCGAAAGGUCGGAACGGCCAAUCAACCUACCGAUGUGAUCGAUCGCGAUCGUUUCCGUUUCUGCGGCUGCGGUUGGCCCCAGCACAUGUUGGUUCCGAAGGGCUCUCCCGAGGGCACCCAGUUCGAUCUGUUCGUGAUGGUGUCCAACUUUGACCAGGACACGGUUAACAUCGACUUCGACGAAAAAGUGGACUGUAACGACUCCCACUCGUUCUGCGGCUUGAGAGACAGGCUUUAUCCAGACAAGCGAACCAUGGGAUUCCCGUUCGAGCGAAGCACCCCGAACACCGUAAGGACCGUUAAGGACUUUAUCGGAUCGAACAGCAACAUGGGCACAGCAGAGUUCAACAUUCGAUUCACCAAUACCGUCAUCGCUAGGACUUGAUUCAAUCGAAGCGCCCGCCGUUGGCCCACCUUCCCAUUUAACGAUCUACGCUCCAGUUCAAGAUUAUUUUUUCUCGAUAUUUUAACUCAUUUUAUUAAGCAUAUAUUGUGACCACGACAAAAGAUAAUUUUAUAUUAAUAUAUAUUAAAAGGCAAACACUUGCAA